GAGGGGCGGGGUGGGGGCCGGGUGGGAGCGCGGAAGAGGCUCUGGCUUUGUACACUUCGUCAAAGGCGACGCGGGAGGAGGGGAGCUCGGAUGCGCUCUCCAUCCAUUAGGAGACAAAGAGCAAAUUGCCUUACUUUAAAGUAAAACGCUCCGGCUAGUGAAGGUGGGUGAUGGGGCUGCGGAGCCCGAGGAGCCGCUUCAAUUAUUAAGGGUUUGGCUGAUGGGAUCGAUGCCUGUGGGCACGGAGCGCUGCUGCCUCGGGUGCUCUCCGCUGCCUGCCAUGGCUUCCAGGUAGGACAUGCAGGUUGCCCUGGCAGGUGCAUCUCUGCAGCUGGGAAGCAGAAGCCUCAUCUGAAAAUGGAGAGAUAAGACGAGGUCCGGCCCGUGUGACAGAACACCGUGCCUGCCCUGGCUGGGGAGCCCUGGUCCUGGAGAUGGAUCGCACCCGUGCGGCCGAGGUGGAGCUGAGAAGGGGUCCGAGCCCCACCGGGGCCAGCAGGAGCCCCGAGGUGGACGGAGACAAGGCCCUGAGCCACAGCUGCUGCAUCUGUGGCAAGACCUUCCCCUUCCAGAGCUCCCUGUCACAGCACAUGCGCAAGCACACGGGGGAGAAGCCCUACAAGUGUCCCUACUGUGACCACAGGGCUUCCCAGAAGGGCAACCUCAAGAUCCACGUCCGCAGCCACCGCACGGGCUCCCUGACCCAGGGCCGCGAGCCUGAGGCCGGGGAGCUGCGUGCGUCCGAGGGCCUGGACGGCUGCACCAGCCCCACCAAGAGCACCUCCGCCUGCAACAAGAUCCUCAACGGGGCCGCCCCGGUGGACGACAGCAAGAUCCUGCUGCGCAGCAGCAAGAAGGAGGCUGAGGGGGCCGCCAGCGCCCCGGACGAGGGCAAGGCGGCCGCCCAGUGCUCCUUCUGCAAGUGCAAGUUUGAGCGCAAGAAGGACCUGGAGCAGCAUGUGCACCAGGCCCACAAGCCCUUCCGGUGCCGGCUGUGCAGCUACAUGACGUUGCGGGAGGAGUCCCUGCUGAGCCACAUCGAGAAGGACCACAUCACCGCGCAGGUGCCUAGCGGGGCCGAGGCCUACGUGGAGAACGGCAAGCCCGAGCUGACCCCCGGGGAGUUCCCCUGUGAGGUGUGCGGCCAGGCCUUCAGCCAGACCUGGUUCCUGAAGGCUCACAUGAAGAAGCACAGGGGCUCCUUUGACCACGGCUGCCACAUCUGUGGCCGGAGAUUCAAGGAGCCGUGGUUCCUCAAGAACCACAUGAAGGCGCACGGGCCCAAGACCGGGAGCAAGAACAAACCCAGGAGCGAGCCGGACCCCAUCGCCACCAUCAACAACGUGGUGCAGGAGGAGAUGAUCGUGGCUGGCCUGUCCCUCUACGAAGUCUGCACCAAGUGCGGGAACCUGUUUACAAACCUGGACAGCUUGAACGCGCACAACGCCAUCCACCGCAGGGUGGAAGCCGGCCGCUCGCGGGCCCCGGCGGGGGAGGGCGCGGUGCAUGGCGACGCCCCGGAUCCCCAGCAGCUCUUCCUUCGGUGCCUCAACCUGCGGCCUGCGGUGGCCGGCGCGCCCGCCCGCGGGCAGGCGGGGCGGCGGGUGGCCGAGCUGGACCCGGUCAACAGCUACCAGGCCUGGCAGCUGGCCACGCGGGGCAAGGUGGCCGAGCCCGCCGAGUACCUCAAGUACGGGGCGUGGGAGGAGGCGCUGGCCGGGGACGUGGCCUUCGACAAGGAGCGGCGCGAGUACAUCCUGGUGAGCCAGGAGAAGCGCAAGCGCGAGCCGGAGCCGGGCGCGCAGGGGCCCCCGCGCAAGCGGGCGGGCGUGCCCGGGGAGCCCCUGCCCGGGCCCCUGGACCCCAGGCCGGCCGCCCGCCCCAGCCGCCGCGCCGCCGCCCCCGCGGGCCACGGCAAGUCGUCCGAGUGCUUCGAGUGCGGCAAGAUCUUCCGCACGUAUCACCAGAUGGUCCUGCACUCGCGGGUGCACCGCCGCGCGCGCCGAGACCGCCACGGCCCUGGGGAGCGCGCGCCCCGUGCGCGCUGCGGCUCGCUCAGCGAGGGCGACUCGGCCUCGCAGCCCAGCAGCCCGGGCUCGGCCUGCGGGGCCGCCGCUGACUCCCCGGGCUCGGGCCUGGCCGACGAGGCUGCGGACGAGAGUGGAGAGGACGGGGCGGCGGACCCUGCGGCAGGGGGAAAGCCUCUCCACUUCCGCUUUUCUGAAGAGGCAGCCUCGACCGCGCUCGCCAGCGGAGACCAGGGUCGCGCGCCCCGGACUGCCGCGUCACACACCGACACCGGGGAGCCCGGAGCGGGGAGCGCAGCCUCUGCGUCCGCACUCGGAAGCAGGAGCCGAGACGCUUCCAAGAGAGCAGAGCAGCCCCGGUUUUCCGUGGGCGUCAAAAUGCCGGCGUUUCACCCGAAGCAGGAGGUUGCGGUCUCCAGGGACGCCGCCGACUCCCCUUUCCAUUCAGAUCAGACUUUCCCCGAAGGAGCCGACCUGCCGCUCUUGUCCACGGGCCCGGCUCAGCCCCUGAAGGAGAAGCCGUCUGACUUGCACAUGAAGGAGCACGCUGCAGGGGGCCGGAGGGGGCCGGCCCCAGACCUGGCCCCCCUGGACCUCAGCGAGAGGUCGAGCCGGGACGACCCCAGCCGCAAGGAGCUGGCCUCAUCUCUGCAGGCCGCGCUGGCCGUUCACCCGUGUCCUUACUGCAACCACAAGACCUACUACCCCGAGGUCCUGUGGAUGCACGAGCGAGUCUGGCACAGGGUCAGCUGCAGCUCCGUGGCCCCCCAGUGGAUCCAGCCCAAUGGCUACAGGAGCAUCAGGAACAACUUGGUUUUCCUUGCCCGGAGCGGACGCACGGGCCCCCCGCCUGCCCUUGGGGGCAAAGAGUGCCAGCCGCUGCCCAUCGCCCGGUUCACACGCACUCAGGUGCCAGGUGGGGUGCCGGGGCCCAAAGGCGGCCCCUCGCCCCUGGGCGUGGCCACGAAAGCCGCCAGCCUGCCUAAGAGCAAGGACAGCCACUCCGGGGGCCCUUGUGCGCUUUGGGUGGCCGGCCCUGACGGGCCCCGCCAGGCCAAAGCCGGCCACGGCCCCGAGCCCCACGGUGCCCCCGCACCGCCGUCCUUGCCGAAGCCCAGGCCGGAGGCUGGCCCGAGAGCGGGGCCCACGGCAGGCGGCGGUGGCUUCAGCCGGUGUGCCACCCCCACGCCCCCCGUCAUCGCCCGAGCAGGAGCCCAGCCCCCCACAGGUAGCAGGCCGGGGGACAAGUAUGUCCUCCCUCCCACGGGGGCCAGCCUCGGCCCCCCACAGAAGCACAGUGCCCCAGACCCUCCGAAAGCCAAAUUCAGCCCUCAGCCUCAGGGUCCACCUCACGGGAAAGGCGAUGGGGGCCCCCCUCUACCUCCCCGCGAGCCCCACUCCAAGGCCGGCCAGGAGCUGCGGCCGCCCACCAGCUGCGGAGCGGGCCCCAGGGGGAGCUCGGCCGUGCAGGCCAGCAAGCCAGAGCCCGCAGCGGAUGGCCGCGAGAAACGCCUGGACAUCCUCAGUGUCUUUAAGACGUACAUUCCAAAGGACUUCGCUUCUCUCUACCAGAGCUGGGGUGCCAGUGGCCCUGCACUCGAGCACAGAGGGGAGAGACCGUUCUAACCCCAAUCCCGUCCAGCAGUGCCUCACAGAAAGGGAACCUAGAGACUCGUGGCCGGCGUACCCUGGUGCCCCGUGACAGCCGUUCACAGCCCCCCAUGGACGUCCCGGCAGUGACCCCGACCCCCCGUGGAGGAGAAGCUGCAGGAGCCCCGACCGGAUGGCCCGACCCUGGCCUGACCCGGGCGCGGCCGUGCUGGAGCGCAGGCCAAAGGGAGAUGCUUCUGCGCCUUGGGAAACGGUUUGGAGCACACGAAGAUGGUCUCCUCCAGGAUCCCGUGUACAUACUCUGGGCAGCUCUGGGCUCAUCGACCGCCGCCCCCUAUUUUCUUAUCAUAAACAGUGCUAUUGGCAGGUACGCUCAGAGCACAGGCCUCUGUGUUGCUGGACACACGUCUGAGACACUGGAGAGAGAUUCUUGUGCGUGUCAGAGAGACGGAAGAGCUGGGCGCCGGCGGGAGCUGCUGACGCUCAGAGGACAGUCGGGUAACGCCAGGACACGUGGUGGGGCGGCUGGUGGAGCGUUAGUGCCACAGCCGUCUGUGUCGUAGCGGGUGUUUAAAGUCGUCCACAAGAGAGGAAGGAGGGAGCACUGGUCACUGCGGAAAGCAGGCCCGGUGGCUUGGGGCCAUGGUGUGGUCCUAACUGGUGGCCUUUGGGGGCCGCGGGUGUUUCCCGUUUGCUCUGCCCGACCUUCCCGUCCUUUGUGCUCGGCGAGCCUGCAGGGGACACACACCCACAGGAGUGCGUGUAUUUGCUUCGGGAAAGAGCUAGUUGAACACUAAGACAAGCAGGCUUCUUUGUUUAUUCUCAGGACCUUUUUGUAACAGGGCUACACUCUGCGGACUGCUCCCCAAGGAAGACUGCCCGUAAAUUCUCUAGCCACUGAAACUCCCUGCCCCGGUCUAGACCCGUUUCAGUGAUGGCAGGAGCAUCCCUGAGCAGAUCCGGGGGCCCUGGUGCUCUGGAAACCUGUGCUCCUCUCCCUCCCAGCUGCCCCCGCCCGGCCCAGCUAGUAGGUGUCGUGUCUUCUCGGGCCCGGGGACCUCCAUGGGAUGAGUCCCUUCAUUCCCGGAGCGUGGAGGUCCCCUGGCUCCUGGGUGGGGACAGCUUCAUAUACCUCUUCCUCAGUCCCGCAAAUGCAAGUUUUUGUGGUGGGGGGUUAAGGCCCAAAACAAAGGAUCUUAAACCGUGCAGUGUACGCAGCUAAAAUUGUAUUCCACAGAUAGAAAUAUUUUCUUUUCCUGUUACCGUGGCACUGUGUGCGAUGGUAAUAUUUCUGAGAGUUUCAGAUUUUUGCACAUAUGAUUUUAUGCAUUAUCAAAGGUUGCUGCCUUGAAUGACAAUGUUCUGUGAAAUUUUUUGCAAAAGCUUUACUAGGUUUUUUUUAAUCGUGACAUUUUGUAAAGGCAGGAAACAGAUUAAAAACAAGCAUGCUAAAUAUAUUUUUCAAAAAAGCAAUAAUUUUACCUGUACAGAAAUUAUCCUAACCUUUAAUACUGGUGAGAGCAACAGUUUACUUAAUACAGUCAUGGAUCAGCGCAGUUUUUUGUAGAAAAUGGGCUUCUGAUACAAAGAUAUGUUUAAACUCGUGCGCGCGCACAGACACAAACCCUGAAGUGUGGUUUUCCUGUUCUAAUGAUUUGUUGAAUUAUUAUAUUAUUAUUAUUGUUGA